AUGGCUGUAGAAUGUCUCAGUCGAGAUCUCACCGAAAACUUGGAAAACCAUGUGAAAGGUGAACGUGGUAUUGGCUGCGAUUGGGGUGGCAUCAGUCUGCACGAAUAUCAAGAACGAGAACGUUCCAUCAAAGAACAGUACAUCUCACAUGUCGACGCUGAGACUAUCGAACGUGUAAAACGUGAAGUAGAAGGCAGAGUGUUCGCAUACAGUCGUAGACAAGUGGAGAAAUGUUUUAGAGAUUUAUCCGGGAGUGCACAUGCGCAGUACGACGCCUGUGUGUCUUUAAAUUCCGACCUAUUUCAUCCUUUAUUCAAUCAAAUGAGUUACGAUGCUGCCGAUUGGUUUUCUUCCCUCGGUGGAGUUUCAAAACUCAUGACACUCUUGCAGAAAACCUAUUCUAAAUUUCGCUCUUCAAACUGGGAAGACGAAGACCUCGAGUAUCUGUGUGUGCAGGCGUUAGAAGCGAUGAAAUACUUUGCAAGUAAUUUUGAGAGAUUAUCACUCGUUUAUGAUCAUGGCCUGUUGGACAUGAUUGUCAAUGUGCUUACGAACGCAGAGCCGGGAAAACUGAAAGACAAGUGUGGACGAAUAUGUUGCAUUUUUCUUGACGACAAAGUGUGUCAAGUCAAGUUUGUUCAUUCGGGGGCUCUUCGACCUCUUCUUGAUAUGGCAUCAGAUCCGAUUACUACAAUUAUGGCCGUUGACUGUAUCAUUGCAGGAAUAACAUGCUGUGCUGGUAAUGCCGCUGCGUUAACGGCUAUGAUUGAAAAUGAUGUUAUGAGUCGAUUGUUUCAUUUGGCUCAAAAUGUUAAUGAAAUGCAUCAACUUGAAAUAUUGGAAGACUCUGCUGUGUUUCAUGGCGUUGAUAUCAUUAGUUAUAUGCCACUGCAUGUAGCAUACUUGUGCUAUGUUGGAAUCAGUCUGUUGGUACAUCAACGUAGCCGUAGGUAUUGGCUGGAAAUUAUAGAUACGUUUAGCAGGAGUGGCCGGCCGAGUAGCUAUGCUGCUGUGACAUGCACGUUGAAGGCAAUGCCUUUGAGUGAUGUGGACAAGGAGAUGUUACAAGCUGUGAACUCAUUUACAUCGGGAACAAACCCGAAUCAAGUUCGAAUGGCUGAUAAUAAUCGAUAUGUGUGGCCGGUAUUUACUCCAUUCACGUGUCUCCUCCAAUCUCAGUAUCCACAAGUUCGAGAGAUGGGAGCAUUUGCAUUGGCAAACCUUUGCCAAGGAGAUGAAAAUCGUGACACUAUGAGAGACGAAGACAACAGCAAUGGAUUUGCUCUCUUGCACUUAACAGUAACGUGUGGACAAAAUGAUGGCAAAGAUGCCAAGAUGGAUAAGACGUAUCAGCUGUCAAUGCAAGCACUUUCAUAUGCAACUCCAGAUGACGUUCGUCCUCCAAAACUACAGACAAUUUGUAUGUUUUAUAUUUCCAAGAAUUUCUACAGUCGGUUCAGUUAUGCCGCUCUUCAGUGUUUACCACUCCAUUUGCUACAGGAAAUUGUACCUUUUGAAAUAUAACACAAUGACGUUCGACUGCAGGUGCAGGUGCAUGUAAUUGUAAUUGCUGUUUGCAAGUAUUUCUAACAACGUGAGGUUUACCUUAACAAACAUGA